AUGAAACUACCUCGAACCGUACGGGAACCCGAUGUCAAAGCUUUACUCACCAGAGCCAAAUUGGAUGCUCAAAUCAAUAUGACUUACCACUUCCGAACGGGCAAGCCCAGGGACUACUGUUUUCUAAAGUUUUCUGAUGCAAACGAGGUCGGAGCUGCCAUUUUCACCUUGUCUCAUUUCACCCUCGCUGGUUCUGAUCUCAAGCCAGCGAGAUUCGGCAAUCACUCCGCUCUUCUCGCAGACCCGCACCUAUUGGCUGGCUGGUCUCCGUCACCAACGAGUGAUCUGAGCUCUCGAGUGAUUCGUGAGCCAAUCAGGGAGCCUCCAAAGCUCCUAGCUACGAUUCUCGCAGAGCAAUGGGUUUCAUUCACAAGAGUCAAAGAUAGUCCGGAAGAUCCGACUGAGAUCGCACAAGCGUUCUACAAGCGAUUCCAUCAAUUCGACGUCGUAGGUAUCUGGCUCGGAAACAGCAAAUACAAAGAUAAAUGCCUCUGUAAAAUCCUUUUUGGAAACUCUGCAGACGCAAAGGCGGCUCGCAAAAUGUAUCUGGAGGGAUCGUCCGAGCACAGACCCGGAUAUGCGAAGAUAUACAGGGCAGGGCCUGACGACCAUCAGAAACUUAUCAAGUAUCGAAGUUCUUUGCCCAAAGAUCUGCCUGCGGCUGAGGUCGGCGAUCUUUUGGAAGAGAAGUAUAGGCAACUGCACAUGACGCCUGAAGACGUCCAACGCUGGAAAGACUACCCGACCCCGGAGUCCGCUGUCGGGUGUAAAGGUGGAAAACCCACAGUGGAAGCUGUAUGA